UCCACCAUAAGAGAGUUUAAGGAGUUCCUGCAAACAUUCAAACUCCUCUUUGACUUACACCCUCACACACAUACAUCACAGUUCUGCAAUUAUCAUCCCUGAAAGCUUUGAGAUCCUGCAACACUGCUAACGAUGGGAGUGGAAAAACCCGAGUAUUCAGAUGCUGAUUUCACCUAUGAUUACGAGUUAAUCAGAAGAGGUGGGCUGAUCUUUGCAGCUGUUUUGUUCUGUUUGGGCAUGGUUAUCAUAUUCGGCAAAAGGCUCAACUGUGGAAAAAAGGCGUCUUCUAAGCUUGAAGACAAUGGUGAUCUUUGACCUCUCCUUCAUUAACCUUCACUGUAAACGGACACAUCAGUAAUUCACCGAGGAGGACCAAAAAUGAAGAUUUUUUUUUUUUUUUUUUUGCCAAAUAGUUAAUUUGCUUUCACAUGUUCUAUGUAUACUCUCGCAAUAAAAGAAAACUCAAAAGAUAA